GCUCCACGGCAGGCAGGAAGUGGAAGAGCCUGCAGGGCUACAAACGACGAACAGAUAGCAGGGGGAACAGAGGACAGAUACGGGUCAAAGGACACGGAUAAGGAGAGCCUAGGAACAUAAAAGAGGAGAGGAAGAGGAGGACGAGGAGGAGCAGGAGAAGGAAGGGCGACGAGAGAUGGAGGGAUGUGUUCAGAGGAGUCCCAGCAGAACAGGACCACCCAGCCCGUCUGGACAAUCCCCCCUCCCCGAGCUGCGAGUGGUUCUACUGGGCCGCAGAGGGGCAGGCAAAAGCUCCACGGGCAAUACCAUUCUAGGUGCAGCGGGGAGCUUCGAGGUUGACCGCUGGACGGAAGAAUGUGCCAAGCGAAGAGGGGAGGUGGGGGGUCGGCGGGUUCUGGUCGUGGACACGCCCGGCUGGGAGUGGUACUACUCGGCCAAUGGGACGCCGGCUUGGGUUACCCAGGAGACAGUGAGGAGCGUGUCGCUGUGCCCGCCAGGCCCCCACGCCAUCCUACUGGUCCUGCGCUCACGCGCCUCCGUCACGCACGACUUCGCCCGUCAGGCCGAGCGCCACCUGAGCAUGCUGGGAGCUAACGGCAGCGCCUGGCAGCGAACCAUGUUGGUGGUCACCCGCGGCGAUGAGCACACCCAGAGUUCCGCCACCGUCGCCGCGGAGACCACGGCCGAGAGAGAGGCCUUCCGCGAGCUCCUGCAGAAGUGCGGGGGCAGGUGCCACGUGAUGGAGAACCGGCGCAGGGCCACGGACGACCGGCAGCAGGUGGCGGAGCUGAUGGGGAAGCUGGAGGAGAUGGUGGCCGCCGCCGGAGGGGGGCCCCUGGAGGCCAGCGGGGCCCCACUGCUGGGCCUGGAGGCCGAGAGCAGGAGGAGGGGCCGGGAGAGGAGGAAGAAGCAGAGGCAGAUGGAGGCCCAGGCACAGAGGAGCUGCAUCAGGGCGGUGCUCAGCAGUGACCACCUCCUGUCAGAGGACCAGGAGGACCAGCAGCUGUUCCCCAGGGGAGGUCGACGUCUCCCCGAGGUCCGGUUGCUCCUGCUGGGGGAGCGAGAGACAGGCAAGACCUCCGCCACCAACACGCUCCUGGGCCAGCUGCUCUUCCAGGUGGGCACGGCCACGGAGGAAUGUGCCAGGGGGCAAGCUGAGGUCAGGGGUCGUAAGCUGACUGUGGUGGACACCCCUGGCUGGGAGGGGGGUCCUGAAGGGGGCACCCCCGAGAGGGUAAGGCGUGAGAUCGGUGCCGGGGUGGCACUGUGCCUGCCGGGGCCCCACGCAGUGCUAGUGACGCUACGCGUGGACGUGGCAGUGACAGCGGCAGAGGUGUCCCGCCUGCAAGAGCAGAUGGCCGCGCUUGGCGAGGGCGUGUGGCGGCACUCUGUGCUCCUCUUCACCCGCGGCGACAAGCUGCGGGAGGGCGUGACGGCUGAGCAGCACAUCCAGAGCGGCGGGCUGCACCUGCGGCAGCUGGUGGAGCGCUGCGGCAACCGCUACCACGUCCUCAGCAACGUCGACGCCGCAAUGCAACCGACGCAGGUGGCGGAGCUGCUGGACAAGGUGGAGAAGAUGGUGGUGGGCAACCGGUGCGAGGCCUUCUCGCCGCUCGUGCAUGACAUCCAGCAGCUGGGCCGGGCCAAGAACGAGCGGUACCACCUGAGGCUGCGGGAGCUGACUGACCGCCUGCAGAGGCAGGAAAAGGAGCUGAGGAGGCUCCGGGAGCGAGAGGAGAAGAGCCUCCGCUGGAGCAUCCUUCGAAAGAGGGAGAAAGGGAAGCACAGCCCAAAGGGAGGAGGAGGGGGGGAGGAGGACGUCGGGAGGGAGGACACCCCCGAAAAGGGAGGGGAGGAUCGGAGGAGCCUGACGAGCGAGCUGGAGGAGAGGAUGACCUGGCUGACGGAGGACAAGGAGAGAGAUAUCCAGGACCUAACGGUGGAGAACGACAGGCUGGCUAUAGAGCUGGAGCGCGUGUUCAGUGAGAAGCAGGAGAAGGCCAUGGAGGUGGAGGACAAGAGUCGGGAGAUUGAGGAGCUGACGGAGAAGGUGGAGGAACAGCAGAUGAAAACCAUGGAGCUGGAGAGGCAGAAGCAACAGAUGGAGGGCACGUGGAAGAAAGAGAAGGAAGAGUGGACAACAAGGCUGGAGAAGGCACAACAAGAGAAAGAAGAGUGGACAACAAGGCUGGAGAAGGCACAACAAGAGAAGGAAGAGUGGACAACAAAGCUGGAGAAGGCACAACAAGAGAAAGAAGAGUGGACAACAAGGCUGGAGAAGGCACAACAAGAGGCAGUAUCCUUAAAACUCAGGUGUGAGGAAGAGGUCUCACAGAUGAAGACAGAGCUUGAAAAGAGUCUGAAAGACAAAGAGAAUGAGAUGAAGAGGCAGCUGCAAGAAAAGGAGAGAGAAAUGGAAGAGAUCUCACAGAGAAGUGCGAAGAAGGAGAUGGAGAGAGCGACGAAGCAGAAGGAUAUGGAUGCAAAACAAGAAGAAGAAAUGACCAAACUGAAAGAUACCGUUCGGGAGAAGAUCACAGAGCUGGCUAGGCUUCAGCAGCUAAACCAAAGCAGAGAAAAGGAGAUUGAGGGAGAGAACAGGAAAAACACUGAGAGUCUAAAAAGGCACAGAGACCUGGAAAACGCACUCCGUGAGAAAGAAGAGGAGAUCGCAGGACUGCAUUGCUCACACAAAGAGCAAAGCGUGAAAAGAGGAGCAGAAAUGAAGAGAAAAAUUGAUGAAAAAGAGGCACAGAUCAUUCUUUUAAAACGACUAAACCAAGAGAAAGACAAAGAGGCAGACCAGCUUCAGAAGACAGUUAAACACAUCCAGAAGGACCUGAGUAACGCAAAGUCUGAGAGCCAGAGAAAAGAAUCCGAGAACAUCCUGCUCAUCAAGAACAAGGAAGAAGAUCACAGAGCAAGAGAGGAGGCCCUGAAGGCAGAAAUCGAAAGAACGGAGAAGCAAAAAGAGAAGGUGAAAUUCCAGCAUGAACAGGAAACUAAACUGGCAGAAGCAGAAAAAGAGCAGGCCUUGGAGAUGAAAGAGAAAGCGAUCAGACACCUGGAAGAGGAGAAGCGAGAGGCAGAGAAACACCUGGUGGAGGUGAGGCUGCAGCUCAAGGAGAGCCAGAAGAGGGUGGAGGACCUGCAGGAGAGGAGGCAGGAGAUGGAGGGAGACCUACAGCAGCUUCGGCAGAAGUUUGAGGACCUUCAGAGAGACUUCCAGACCCAGAGGGCCAAUCACGAGAGGAGACAGGCGGAGAUGGAGGAGCUGCUGCAGCAGAGCCGCGAGACUGUGCGGGCCAAAGACGCACAGCAUCUGGAGACGGUGCAGGAGCACCAGCGAGAGACUGCAGAGCUGAGACAGAUGAACGAGACGCAGCGCAGAGAGGCAGAGAAGAUGAGAGAGAGGAUUGAGGGAACGGAGAGCCAGAUGACGGAGAUGAAAGGAUAUUACGAGCUAAGGUUGGCUGACAGACAGGUUGAGCUGAACUUGCAGGACGUGGAGAGAGAACAGGAGCUGAGCAAAAGAGAGGGAGAGCUCAAGAUGUCAGAACUUCAGUUGGCAAACAAGAUGAAGGAGCUGCAGAAUGAUAAAGAAGAAGUGAACAGAAGGGAAGUGGAGCUGAGGGAAACAGAGACUAACCUGAGAAACAGAGAGAAAGAUUUAGGAAAACAGGAGUGUGAACUUGGACAACAGAAGCAAGACAUGGAGCAUCUUCGACAAAAUUAUCAACUGAAAAUAGAGGACCUAAGGGGACAAGAACUGGAGAUAAAAGAGAGAAAAUCUCAACAACAAAAGCAAGAGGAAGAAUUAAAACACCUAGAACAAAAAAUGGCUGGACGAGAACUGAGUUUUGAAAGCAAAGAAAAUCAGCUUGAAAAGAAAACUGAGGAACUCAGCCUAAAAGAAAAAGACAUGGAGAACUUACAUCUUAAUCUAAAGAAAAUGGAGAGUGACUUGAUGGAGAAAGACCAAGGGCUGAAGAUGAAAGCUCAGGAACUGGAAAAGAGAGGCAAUGAACUGGAAGCUUUAGAGGAGAAGUUGGAAAAAGGUAUUCAAGACCUAAAAUCCACAUCGGAGCAGACACGUCGAGAUUUAGAAAGGGCACGGCAGGAGUUAGAGAGAAGAAGAGAGGAGAUGGACAAAAGGGAGGAAGAACUGAGAAGAACAGAUGAGGUGCUCACAAAUGAGAAGCAAAAGCUGGAGAACAGUAAAGGUGAACUGAUCUGUGCCAAAGAAGAGAUUGAGGUGAUCAGAACUGAACUGCAAGGACAUGCAGAGGAGGCCAAGGAGGAAUGCCUGAAAAAAGAACAGAAUCUGGAGAGGAGGGAGAAUGAACUGAGUAAAAAAGAGCAAGCCCUAAAACAGCAAGAAGAAAAAUAUGAAAACAUUUCCCAGGAGCUGCACGAAAAGCACCAGGACCUUACCGAGAAACAGCAGAGACUACAGGAGAAAGAACAGCAGCUCAUAAACCUGGAACAACAGCUGAGCAGGACAGAACAGGACCUUUCAGAAAAACAAAAACAACUGGGAAAUCAAGUUCAUGAGUCAACCAUGAAAGCAGAAGAUGUGGAAAGACAAGCCCUGAUUCUGAGGAAAAAAGAAGUUGAAAUUCAGGAGAAAGAACUUUACUUCAGUAAUCAAGAUCGUGCACUGGAGAACCAGAGGAUAAACACUGAAAAAAUGGAACGUGAACUUCAGAAGAAGGAACAAGAGAUUCAAGAAAGGGAACAGUCACUGAUGAGUCGAGAGAAGGACAUAGAAAGAUGUCAAGUUGCACUGGAUAAAAGCUUACAAGAGAUGGAGAUUAAAAAACAAGAAAUAGUGACAAAGGAAGGUCUCCAUGAACAUGAGUUAAACAACAAAGAAUAUGAACUGGAUCAAAGAACCAAUGAGCUAGAAACUAGAGAACAGGAACUCAUUAACAUUGAAGAAAAUCUGAAAGUUAAGGAACAGGAGCUAAAUGUGAUGGCAACAAAACUGGAGGAUGACAGACAAGAAUUAACAGAAAUGGCAGAGAGAGAGGAGAAACUUGAGAAGAGAGUUGUUGAUCUCGAAAACAAGACCCGUGAGAUUGGCAUACGGGAACAACAUCUACUGAAGAAAGAGGAAGAUUUGGAGAAAAGAGAAAGUGAACUGCAGGAACAGGAACUGGCACUGGUCUGCAAGGAGCAAACUCAGGCUAACAGGUCACAAGACCUUGAAAGACAAUCGCAAACCCUCGAGGAACAGGGGCAGAGGAUGAGCAAAAAAGAACAAGAACUAGGAGACCUAGAAAAACAACUGAGCAGCAGAGAAAACCUCAUCAGCAUUAAAGAGAAUGAAACGGAAAAAUAUCAACAUCUAAACAAGAAGGAAGAAGUUCACACAGAAGGGGAGUUUAAAACGAAAAGUGAUGUUGAUGCAGGAGCUGAGAAUGUGAAUGAUUCACGGGGAAACCUUCUGGGGGAAAGAGAAGAGCUGGAGAGGAGAAAACUUGAGAUUGAGAGCAGAGAAAAAAGCUUAGGAGAUCAGGAGCAGAACAUGAAGAAGAAGGCUCUGGACUUAGAACAGUGGGAGAAAUACCUGUACAACACAGAACUCAGACUCGUGAGCAAGACUAAGGCUUUGGGAGGCAAGGGAUGGAGGAAGAACGUGUCAGAGCUGGAGAGGACGGAGCAAGAGCUGAGCCAAGCAGAGAAAACUCUGGAACAUCUGCUGAAGCAGAGCAGCGAAGGAGAAGAGGAUGGAGUUGUAAAGGAGAGGAGUGAGGAGGAAGAGAAGGAGAUGGAGGAAGAGGAGGAGAAGGAGGAAGAGGAGGAGAAGAAGACAGAAAAGGAUAAUGUAAACGAAGAGAACGGCACGGUGGUAGAGAGGAGAGAAACAGAGCUCAUCCACAAACUCACAGGCAUGAAGAAUCGACUGGAGGAGCUGAUCUCAGCCCAUGGAGGAGAGGUGGACGCUCUUAAUGGCUGGAGCACUAUGUCUGACCACACAGAGAGACAGUUGAGAGCUCCACACGUGAGGCAGGCCCAGGCCAACUGGACUAAAAGUCUCCCUGGAGCCAGACGGGGAGUCACAGUAAGAACAAACAGUGAGGGAGAGGACGAGGGUGACAGUGACUAUGAAGACUACCAGCAAUGUCACAGCUCUCACAUCAUAACACCGGACCGUGUCCCGGAGAUGAGGCUGGUGCUCCUAGGGGAGGCUUGGUCUUCACGGCACCCAGCUCGACACAUCUUCCUGGGCCGAGACUUGGACGACACCGGAGCGCCCUGGACGGGUGAAGUGGGCGGCAGGAGGGUCAGCCUCGCGGAGCCUUCCGGUCUCAAGUGGCGUUCCUGCAAGACCCCAACGCCGGCACAGCACCAAGACAUCCUGCAGAGCGUCUCCCAGUGCCUGCCGGGGCCCCAUGCUUUCCUCCUCCUCAUACCGGCCUACUUGUCCGUCACACGGGCAUACCGGCACACUGUGCAGGCCACGAUGGGGGCACUCGGGAACGAGGCCUGGAGGCACAGCCUGGUGGUGCUCACCUGGGGGGAGGCUCUGGGAGAGAGUCCCCAGCAGCACCUCCUCAGGAACGGGGAGCUCCAGUGGCUGGUGGAGAGGUGCGGAGGGAGGUACCACAUCCUGAGCCAUGGCAGGCAGAGAGACGAGGAGGUCGCACAACUGCUGGAGAAGAUCGAGAGGAUGGUGGCAAGGAAUGGUGGCUGCUACCACACACAGCAUAGCAGCUAGAGAGGGAGAUAACAAAAUGUCUGUGUGUGUGUGUGUGUGUGUGCGCGUGUGCGUGUGCGCGUGCGUGCGCGUGUGUGUGUUGUGUGUGUGUGUGUGUGUGUGUGUGUGAAUGAUAAAGUGUUGAUCAUACGCUGUGUGUAUUGUUAUGUGCCAGCUAAUCUCCCAGCUCGUUAAACAUAAGAUAUACUCAAAAUUACAGAAAGUAGGUGUAUGUGUGUGUGUGUCAAACCAAACCAAAACAAAACAAAUGUAGCUAUGAUGGCUUCACACUGAAGCACGGUCUUCUACAUCGUCUCUUUGUCAGAUGUGCCAGCCGGAGUUUAAUGUUAUGCCUUUUGUUUUUUGUUUGUUUAGUCCUUUUUAGUAUUUUUAUCUUUAUCUUUUAUUCUUAUCCAUAAAAAACUGGUUGGUGCUUCCUUUUCCCAGCAUACUGUGUGCCCCAACGCCAUAAUUAUCCGUCCAUUCAAAGAACAAUCCCUGCUGCCGCAACUCUGUUGAUACCUCACACAUGGUUUUUAGACCACCGCCAUUCUUCCAUUCUCAUCGCCCAGCACAGGUGUCGCCACCAUUGUAAUUAAAAAGGAUAUCCCCACCCACACUGAGGGACCAUCAACUACACACAUAAAGAUGCAGCAGGUGCCAGUAGUUAAACAAAGAAAUAAACAAAAAUGUGAAUGCAUGUAUGUGUACUUGGGUAUAUAUAUAUAUAUAUAUAUAUAUAUAUAUAUAUAUGUACAAACUAAUUACUUGUGUCUUUUCUUAAGGUUUCCUGAAUAAAUGCACAAACACACACAAAUUGCAGAAAUGUCGAAGUGUAUUUACAUAACCUCCAUGCAUAUAAAUGUGUGCUCAUGUUCACAUACAUUUAUACAUACAUUAAUUUACAAUGUUACAUUUGCAAAUGUCCUACUUAUAAUAACAUGAAAAUAAUAAAUAAAACCAAUGAGGUA